UCGAUACAUUGGAACCACCACCCAAAUUGAUUAGUCCGGUUUUUCGUUGUGGUCGGAAGGCUAAGAAGUAUUUCUGUUUAAACUUAAAUAUAUACAUUGCAAUUGGUUUAUAAAUUUUGUAAAAGUAUUCGCAUAUUGCAGAAAACAUGGCUUCUGGAGUAACUGUGUCGGAUGUAUGCAAAACAACAUACGAGGAAAUAAAGAAGGAUAAAAAGCACCGUUAUGUUAUUUUCUACAUUCGCGAUGAAAAACAGAUCGACGUUGAAACUGUUGGAGAUCGGAAUAGCGAAUACGACCAGUUUCUAGAAGAUAUUCAGAAGUGUGGUCCAGGAGAAUGCCGAUAUGGUCUCUUUGAUUUUGAAUAUAUGCACCAAUGCCAAGGCACGUCAGAGAGCUCAAAGAAACAAAAGUUGUUCCUUAUGUCAUGGUGUCCUGAUACUGCAAAGGUUAAGAAGAAGAUGUUGUACUCUAGCUCUUUUGAUGCAUUAAAAAAAUCUUUGGUGGGGGUCCAAAAGUAUAUACAAGCUACUGAUUUGUCAGAAGCAUCUCGUGAGGCUGUAGAGGAAAAGCUUCGUGCUACUGAUCGCCAGUAGGCUGCAAUGACAAACGUCUCUGUGCAAUGCAUUUAAAUAAUUGCAUGAAUCAGUGAUUAUAUUUGUAUCCGGUCAAGAUCCCCAAUUUGUAUGAGAAUUUUCUACAUAAUUUGUAUUU